AUGGGCUGCUGCAACGUUCUAGUCUCGCUUGACAAAAAAUAUUUUUUUGGGGUAUCGCGCCUCCAAGUUGUUCACAACUUCCUAUCCCAUUGUGGAACCAUUCAGCAUGAGGCCAAACGAAAAAAACAUUCUCUUCUUCUAACUCUCCCUCUUUCCACCUCUGUCUGUCUGUCUGUCUGUCUGUCUGUCUCUCUCUCUCUCUCUCUCUGUUUACACCUGUUCCUCUUUCCAACUCUAUCUUUACAACCCUUUCUUUUCAUGUCACUCUAUUCCACCUCUCUCUCUCUCUCUUUUCCCCCUUCGCUCUUUACACCUGUCUUUCUUUUCACCUCUCUCUCUUUCCACCUUUCUCUUUCCCACCACUCUUUCUUUCCACUUCUCUCUCUUUCCAGCUUCCCGUCAUUGCUUGAUGACUUUCGUCCAAGAAGUAUUAUAAAGCAGAAUAAACAAAUUGACUGCAGACAAAACAAGAAAUAUUAUGCGUCUGAACCCUUUCUUCUUCAAUGCGAAUAA